AAUGUUAUUUUGAUUUUCUAUUCUUUAACAAUGGUUCUUAGGAGUAUUAAAGUAAUAACAUGACAUGUGGCUGGCUCUUAAGAUUGAUAAAAAUGGCAUUAGGGAAGAAGAGAAUCGUUACCCAGAAGUCCAAUUUGAGGCAACGUCGUGAUGUGAAUGAUGGUCACUGAGAAUUUUUGUUGAUUAAUGGUGUUUUCAUUGAAUGAGAGAGCCACGUGCUUUGUUUGGCCAUGGUCUGUUGUUACGGAAGAAGCAAACCCUAAUUCUAUAGAGAAUCCGAUUGAUCGAUACCAUGAGGAAGGUGAUGAUGCCGAAGAAGGAGAGAUCGUCGGAGGAGAUGGAGACGGAAACGUUGACGAAUCGAGCAAAUCCGCGGUUCCUCAAUCGCAUCCUUUAGAACAUUCAUGGACUUUCUGGUUCGAUAAUCCUUCUGUGAAAUCGAAGCAAACCACUUGGGGAAGUUCCUUGCGACCCGUGUUCACGUUCUCCACUGUUGAGGAAUUUUGGAGUUUGUACAAUAACAUGAAGCAUCCGAGCAAGUUAGCUCAUGGAGUUAGAUUUGGAGUUUUGGGUAGUGGUUGAUGUGAUUUGAUUGAUCUAUUGGUAGUUGUUGAGAAUUUGUGCUCUGAUACAAAAGAUUGACAUGAGUGAUGUUCUUGUCCUGAUGAACUAUAUUUUUUAUUUUAACUUAAGAAGCAAUGAAAAUACCCGAAAGUA